AUGGUUCACGCGCUAGCCGCUGGAGGACUUGAAGAUCCUGCCAAAGAAGUACUCUACAGAGAGUACAUCGGGCUAGCGGAGGCCCUUAGAGAAUCGGUCAGGUUAGCGGAACAGGAUUUGAAUGUAGCAGAAGAAGUACAGGAAAGUGACUUGCCUAUCCCAGCAUCACCUCGCCAACCUAUUCCUACUCAGUGGUUCUUGCGUCGAGUUACAGAAUUGCCUGAACUUGUCGAGAUAGUAAGAAGUGCAUCCGAAGAAGAACUCUGGUGUAGAGUAGGAGGACCUGAAGCCAAGCUAAUUUUAGCGGCAGUUCAGAACAAUCUGAUCACAGGAGUAGUCGAGAGGGCUCAAACAGAAGAACUGGGUGGUGACCCACACAACUUCAACCUGAGCCAAGCACCCAUAAUAUCACCUUUUGCUGACGAGAUAGCGAGGACAGCAGCACCUCCCUACUUGCCACCACCACCAGAAUAUCUCCCUGCACCCCCCACAUAUGAAGAUAACUGUCUUCGUCCCAAUUUCCUAGGCCUAGCAGAAGGACUAGAACAAAUUGAGCGAGAGGAAUCACCUCUCGAGUAUAUGACAGCAACAGGAGAGAUAUUGGAGGACCCACACAGUAAUCAGCUCGGAGAGUAG